GUGAUACUGGGUGCCCUAUGGGUGACUCUGGGUGCCUAUGGGUGAUACUGGGUGUCCUAUGGGUCAUACUGGGUGCCCUAUGGGUGAUACUGGGUGCCCUAUGGGUGACUCUGGGUGCCUAUGGGUGAUACUGGGUGUCCUAUGGGUCAUACUGGGUGCCCUAUGGGUGAUACUGGGUGCCCUAUGGGUGACUCUGGGUGCCUAUGGGUGAUACUGGGUGCCCUAUGGGUCAUACUGGGUGUCCUGUGGGUCCUCAUGGGUGCCUAUGGGUCUUAAUGGGAGUCUUAUGGAUCCUAACGGGUGUCCUCUGGGUGAUACUGGGUGCUAUGGGUGAUACUGGGUGUCCUCUGGGUGAUACUGGGUGCCCUAUGGGUCAUACUGGGUGUCCUAUGGGUCAUACUGGGUGCCCUAUGGGUCAUACUGGGUGCUAUGGGUGAUACUGGGUGCCAAUGGGUGAUAUUGGGUGCCCUAUGGGUGAUACUGGGUGCCCUAUGCGUCCUAAUGGGUGCCUAUGGGUGAUACUGGGUGCCUAUGGGUCCUAAUGGGUGCCUAUGGGUGAUACUGGGUGUCCUAUGGGUCAUACUGGGUGCCUAUGGGUGUUAACGGGUGCUAUGGGUGAUACUGGGUGUCCUAUGGUUGAUACUGGGUGCCCUAUGGGUCAUACUGGGUGCCUAUGGGUCAUAAUGGGAGUCUUAAGGGUGAUACUGGGUGCCCUAUGGGCCAUACUGGGUGCUAUGGGCCAUACUGGGUGCUAUGGGUCAUACUGGGUGUCCUGUGGGUCACACUGGGUGUCCUAUGGGUUAUAUGGGGUGCCCUAUAGGUUAUAUGGGGUGCCCUAUGGGGUUAUAUGAGGUGCCCUAUGGGUUAUAUGGGCUGCCCUAUGCGUUAUAUGGGGUGCCCAAUAGGGUCACACUGGGUGCCCUAUAAGUUAUAUGGGGUGCCCUAUGGGGUUAUAUGGGGUGCCCUAUGGGUUAUAUGGGGUACCGUAUGGGGUCAUACUGGGUGCCUAUGGGUUAUAUGGGGUGCCCUAUGGAUUAUAUGGGGUGCUCUAUGGGGUCACACUGGGUGCCUAUGGGUUAUAUGGGGUGCCCUAUAGGUUAUAUGGGGUGCCCUAUGGGUUAUAUGGGGUGCCCUAUAGGUUAUAUGGGGUGCCCUAUGGGUUAUAUGGGGUGCUCUAUGGGGUCACAUUGGGUGCCCUAUGGGUUAUAUGGGGUGCCCUAUGGGGUCACACUGGGUGCCUAUGGUUUAUAUGGGGUGCUCUAUGGGGUCACAGUCUGUGCCCUACGGGUAAUACGGGGUGUCCUAUGGGUUAUAUGGGGUGAUCUAUGGGUUAUAUGGGGCCCGCUGUGGGUUAUAUGUGGUGCCCAGUGGGUUAUAUGGGGUGCUCUAUGGGGUCACACUGGGUGCCUAUGGGUUAUAUGUGGUGCCCUAUGGGUUAUAUGGGGUGCCCUAUGGUUAUAUGGGGUGCCCUAUGGUUAUAUGGGGUUAUAUGGGGUGCCCUAUAGGUUAUAUGGGGUGCCCUAUGGGUUAUAUGGGGUUAUAUGGGGUGCCCUAUUGGUUAUAUGGGGUGCCCUAUGGGGUCACACUGGGUGCCCUAUAGGUUAUAUGGGGUGCCCUAUAGGUUAUAUGGGGUUAUAUGCGGUGCCCUAUAGGUUAUAUGGGGUGCCCCAUGGGUUAUAUGGGGUGCCCUAUGGGGUCACACUGGGUGCCUAUGGGUUAUAUGGGGUGCCCUAUAGGUUAUAUGGGGUUAUAUGGGGUUAUAUGGGGUGCCCUAUGGGUCACACUGGGUGCCCUAUGGGUUAUAUGGGGUGCUCUAUGGGUUAUAUGGGGUGCCCUAUAGGUUAUAUGGGGUGCCCUAUGGGUUACAUGGGGUGCCUAUGGGUUCUAUGAGUUAUGUGGGGUGCUUUAUGGGGUCACACUGGGUUCCUGUGGGUUAUAUGGGGUGCCCCAUGGGUUAUAUGGGGUGCUCUAUGGGGUCACACUGGGUGCCCUAUGGUUAUAUGGGGUGCCCUAUAGGUUAUAUGUGGUGCCCCUAUGGUUAUAUGGGGUGCCCUAUGGUUAUAUGGGGUGCCCUAUGGCUCACACAUCACGCACCCCAUCCGCCCCCCCUGGGUGCCCUGUGCUCCCUACUGGGUGCUCUCUGCGCCCC